AUUUGGUUUGGGUGUGCCCAACCAAUCACCCCCUGGUUGUGUGCCCUCACCCUUUGCUGUAGAAGAGUGUUUCAUCAAAAACGACAUCGUCUUCAGGAAUUUUUCACCUUCGAUACGACUGGUAUUUCUCCAUUCUACUACAUCCUUCAUCUUCUUCAACCUUCAAGAAUUCAACAAAUUAACAGAAGUCAUACAGUAGCCACUGAAAAUGGGAAGCAAGGGUCGAAUUCCACCUCCUCAUUUGAGGCGCCCUCUCCCUGGUCCUGGCAUGGUACAUCCUGAACCAUUUGGUCCAGGAAUUUUACCCCACCCAGGUCCUUUUCCACCUUAUGAUAUGUUGCCCCCUCCAGAAAUCAUGGAACAAAAGCUUGCUGCGCAGCAUGUGGAGAUGCAGAGACUUGGUACAGAAAACCAGAGGCUUGCUGCUACCCAUGGGAUAUUGAGACAGGAACUUGCUGCUGCACAGCAUGAGUUGCAGAUAUUGCACGCUCAGAUUGGAGUCAUAACAUCUGAAAGAGAACAACAAAUGAGGAGCCUUACGGAUAAAAUAGCUAAGAUUGAAGCCGAACUGCAAGCAUCUGAGCCUGUUAAAGUAGAGUUGCAGCAGGCACAUGCUGAAGCUCAGAAUUUGGUUUUAGCAAGGGAAGAACUUAUGUCCAAAGUGAAUCAAUUAAAUGAAGAUCUUCGGAGAGCCCAUGUAGAUGUGCAACAGAUACCUGCUUUGAUGUCUGAACUUGAGAGCCUCAGACAGGAAUAUCAGCAUUGCAGGGCUACAUUUGACUAUGAAAAGAAAUUUUACAAUGAUCACCUUGAAUCACUUCAGGUGAUGGAGAAAAAUUAUAUGACUAUGGCUAGGGAAGUGGAAAAGCUUAGAGCAGAGCUGAUGAAUGCUGCUAAUGUUGACAGAAGAAAUGUUGGGCAAUAUGGUGGUGCCACCGGAAACAAUGAGAAUGACCCGUCUGGAUAUCCUGUGGGACAAAAUGCAUAUGAAGAUGGUUAUGGUAUUAACCAGAGAUAUGGUCCUCUACCAUCUGCUGUUACUGGUACAAAUGCAGGUGCGAGUGCUGCCGUUUAUGGUGGAGCUCAGUCUGGACCUGCCCCUACAAGGACUGGCUAUGAGGCAUCCAGAGGACCUGCUUAUGACAUAUCAAAAGGACCUGGUUAUGAUGUGUCAAGAGGGACUGGUUACGAAUCACAAAGGGUUCCUAGUUAUGAUGCACAGAGAGGGUCUAGUUAUGAUGGUCAAAGAGCCCACGCCUAUGAUGCACAAAGGGGAGCUGGUUAUGACACUCAAAGAGGAUCUGUAAACGACGCAUCCAGGGGUGCAACCUAUGAUGCACCAGCUAGAAGUCUUGCACAUGGACCAGCUGCACCUUUGAACAAUGGACCUUAUGGAUCUGCAACACCACCUGCUCGUGCUGGAAGCACAUACGAGGCAAACCCUCGAGGUAGAAAUCCUGUUAGGAGAUGAGCAUUACACCAGACUGCUAUGCAUAUCAUUCAACAUUUUCAUAGAGAUGGUAUCAACUCAUGAAUCUCAUGAAACAAUUUUCUUUGCUCCCAAAUCAUCCGUUAUUGUGUUGAGCAAAGAUGCUACUAGAUUUUUUUUUCUCUGUUGAAUCUGAAUGGUAGAGGCUGCUGACCGUCUACCAAGCUUAACAGAGUCUUGUGAGACUUGGAACUAGUUUUAUUUGGGAGCUAUCACAUUCAUGAAAAAUUUAUGUUGAGUGGCGGAUUUUUAUAUAAUUUUUUAUUAUAAUUGGUUAAUUGCGGGAUUAUGAUA